AUUCGGUAGAGUGUAAACGUUUCAUCAGUGUAAAGGGACGAUAGCUCUCUUCAUUCGUGUUUUAUUUUCAUUUUACUGAGAUUUCGAUGAAAUUUGAAAAAAUACCAAUGUCUCGGCUAAAUUGGCUAGUUUUAGGUAUUGUUUUGUUAUUAUUUUGUUCACAAACUGUAAAUUGUCAGCGUCGUGGUGGUCGUGGCCGAGGACGGACCAAAUCAAGAGUGCAAAUUGGUUUGCCCAUCACCGGAAAAUAUAGAGAUCCCGAAAGUGACCAAUACUACAAUCAUGAACAUGGAGCAAAAAUUACGCAAGCAUCUCAUUUUGAUUAUGAAUAUGUGUUGGGCCAUAAAAUAGCAUUUUUGUGCGUAGCAACGGGAACUCCUCGUCCAGAAAUCACUUGGUUAAAAGAUGGUGCCGAAUUAUUCCAACAUCCUUACAUGCAUGUGAAUGAGUGGCGAAUAGGCGAUGAUAAAAUCAAAUCAAAAAUUGAGAUUGAUCCAGCAACUCAAAUGGACGCAGGAGUAUACGAAUGUGUCUCCGACAAUAUGUAUUCCAUUGACCGUAGAAGCUUCAAGACCGAUUUCUCAAUUGCAUUUGAUUAAUGUUAAAUGUGUGAUCUUGGAUUUGACAUUCAACCUUCAUACGAAGUUGGAGCGAUUUUUAUAUAAAUGUAUGGAACAAAAUAUACAAAUACAAUUUGCAACAAAGUGAAUAGUAUUUCUCAGACGGAAAUAUGUAUAAUAUUAAUAAAAAAGACAAUCAGUGUAUUCUGAUAUGUAUACUAGGCGUAAAUUGCUGACUUUUCCAUUAUUAUGAUCAAAUCUAGCCAUCUUAAACGUCAUGGAAUGGUUGAAGACUUCAAUCACACUUUUAUUUGCUGCGUAUUAUCGGACACGUGUCCGCCCAGACAUUGUACGAAGAUGCUUUCGGUCAGCUGAUGCAUCACAUCUGGCUCAGCUGCUAUUUGUAUGAGCGUGAAUGUAAGGAGUGUGUAUGGAAACUAUAAAAGUUAUUUUUGCUAACCUACAUUAAUGUUGUACAGUUUCUGUGUGUCUCAAUUUUGGACUAAUUCAAAAUUGAGUGCAUUUUGAAAUAUAUUCCAAAAAUAGAUUUAAAUAUGGGCCUUGUUUGAUAAGAGUGACACUGAUAUUGACUGGCAACAGUCGCUAAAUAAUAGAAGUUUCAAAAUAUAUAAAUUAUCCAAUCAAAA